UUCCCGGACCCCCUUUCCUUAAACCCUAUCGUCAUGUCUCUCUCAAUCCUCCGCAAAGUUUCUCGUAAAGUCCCGAAUCCCCAGCCGAUUCUCUCUAUAACUGCCCGAUUCUUCGCAGCGCGCGGUAGUGGCACCGAUUUUCCUGAUGAGCCAACAGCCGCCUACUACGACGAUCUCGUCAACGAAGCCGCCCGGGAGCGAGAUUGGGAUACUGUACGGUACCUCCUGAACAAGCGCGUGAGGGAUCACUGCUUCAACACCAGCAACACAUUCAGGUUCCUUACCAACACAGAAUCUUCCCUCUCAGUCCUUGAUGAUCUAUCUAAGGCUCUUGCUCGCCUCGACAAAGGCUUCCCUCGCAAAAGCGCAUACGAUCUGCUAAUUGCGCGCCUAUGCAAGCUGCAGCGCAUCAAAGAAUCGUUUCGCGUAGUUGAUGUAAUGGCGGAAGGCGGCCACGGCUUGAGCGAGUGCAGCUUCCACCCGAUUUUGAACGCGUUAACUAAGAAGAAGAAGAUGGAGGACUCGCUGCGGUUGUUGGAGGCGAUGAGAUCGAUGGGGUGCCCGCCUGAUCUGACAGCCUAUAAUUAUUUGUUGACUGCGUACUGUUAUGACGGGAAUGUGACGGCUGCGUGUGGCGUGAUGGAUAAGAUAGAGGAGGAGGGGUUGGGUGCGGACUCUCGUACGUACGAUGCACUUGUACUGGGCGCGUGUAGGGCAGGGAAGGUUGAAGGGGCUCUGGCAUUGUUUAGGAGGAUGGAGGAUGAUGGAUUGCACGUGCUGUAUUCGUCUCAUGUGCACGUUAUCAGUGAAUUGCUCAAUUUGGGGUAUUAUGCCCAUGCUGUGAGGUUUGUGAGAAUUUGCGGAGGAAGAGAUAAAAUGUUGGAUACGGAGAGUUUUGGGUUGUUGGCAAGUAGAUUGAUUAGGUUGCAAGCGUAUGAUGAGGCAAACACGGUCUUAAAGGAAAUGAAUGAAAAUGGUCUAGAGAUGGGUAGUAAAUUAAGAGAUUACUAUUUAUUGAAUGUUAGAACUUAGAAGUUACAAAAUCAAAUAAGAAUAUACUAAUCUGAUUUGGAGCAAAUGUGUAUGGACGCGAAUCUAAACGCUCAAAAUUGGCCCAAGUUCAGUUGGAAUAGGUUGCUGAGAUGUUGACUACUGGAAAUGGGUAUUAACUCCCCCAAAAGGUGAAUGGUGAUAGCUAGUGUGGGGAAAAGAAGUGAAAACAAACAUCACAAGUCAUGUUUGGUGCUAAGGAACAGAAACAUAGCUGACUCCUGCAAAAGCUGCAUUUGAUUCUAUUCAUAAAAACCCAGAUGGUAUCAUAUGCAUCAAUUCCAGUUCUCCAAAUUAUUAUCAACAAAAGAAAGAGAGACUAAUUAAGAUCUAUACAGAUAUUGAUUAAAGUCUCUGAUGGGUUCAUGCUCUGGUGACCCCUGACUGUAGCUUUGAGGACUGUAACUGAAAGGCGUGAAGCUCUGGGCAGCAGCGAAUUGAGCUGUGAGAUCUAGCGAUGGCAAGAUCAUGUUGUAGCUCAGUCAUCUUUCUCUGCAACAACACAAAGGCACCAAAGCAACCAUAAACAGGGUUUCUAAGCCUUGCAUCAGCCACAAAAGUAAGCAUAUUCACUGUGUUUUUGUGCAAUUCGAUUGGGACUUGGAUCAGGAUCUUGCUGACAUUGCAGGCACCCAGCACCUUGUGAAGGAUCGCAAACUUUAAAGGGUCGUUGGAGGGGAAAUGUGGUGCAAAUAUGCAGUCUGGAGUGCACCUUCUCUUUAGUUACUUACAGGCCGCACAAGAAGAGUGUGUCCUGUAUAUAUUUCCGCCCGAUAAGCUUCAGGUUGGUCCGGGUUUUGCCUAACUUAGGAUCCGUUUGAGAGUGUUUUGUAUUUGAUCAACCGAGAUGAGGUGAUGUCAGGUAAAAAGCUGUGAUAAUGUGAGAUGAGUUUUGCUGACAUAAAGUGUUUGGCGCGUCACUAAAAAAACUGUGGUGACGUGAAGUGAGGUGAUGUGCAGUUUAGCGUUUGACAUGUAUAAAAAUGUGGUAUGGGGUGAUGUGUUCAAGACUUAAACAAUUUUGUAUACUAUUUAGAAAAUUAUAAUCAAUUAAAUUUCAGAAA